AUAAUCAUCGUUUUAGUUGUUUUUUUUAAUUUUUUGGGAAUUGUUUGUCCCACUACCCAUCUAAUUAUAAAUCUUAAAUGUGGAUCAUUUGGUUAUAUGGAUCAAUAGCUGUGCUAAUAAUCAGUUUAGCCGGUCUAUUAGUGAUAGUAUUGUUGCCAAAAUUACAAACCGAUCAUCAAAGUAAUCUUAGCCAGAUAUUUGUCGGUUUAGCAGUUGGAACAUUAUCUGCUGAUGCUUUAUUGCAUCUUUUACCACAUGCAUUUUCUUCACAAUUAAAUCAUGAUCAUCCUAAUAAUGAAACAACGUUUGAACAUCAAGCUGAAAACAUUAGCCACAAUCAUGCCAAUUCUGUUUGGUAUGGCCUAUUAGCUCUUCUCGGUAUAAUAGGCUUUUUAUUUUUUGAACGUUUGACUAUAAUAUUCAAUGAUCUAAUUAAUCAACCUGAUGAAAAGAUAGAAGAAACAGCAGCGGCCAAAUGUUCGGCAACAAAUUCCGAAUUUUUACCACCUGAUCUUCAGAAAUUAAAUCAUCAUCAUCAUGAACAUGAAAUGAAAGAGCUUCACGAAAAGAUUGAUGUGAUUAAAGCGGAAAAUAAUCUUGAAGUGCAUGAUGAAUGUCAUCGAUCAACUAUUUCUUAUCCUAAACCAAAUGGUGAUGGUUAUAUUCAUAUAGCAUCUCAUCAUCAUCAUCAUCAUCAUCGUGCACAUCGUGGUCCAAGUGCUGCUUUUAUGGUACUUAUGGGUGAUAUUGUUCAUAAUCUAUUUGAUGGCCUGGCUAUUGGUGUGGCAUUUGCUGGAAUGGGAAUCAGUGGUGGUAUAAGUACAUCGAUUGCCGUCCUUUGUCAUGAACUGCCACAUGAACUUGGUGAUUUUACCAUUAUUAUACGAUCGGGCAUGCCAUUAAGAAAUGCUGUCUAUUGGAAUAUUGUUGCAUCUAUUACCUGCUGGUUUGGUAUGUGUAUAGGAAUAUUUCUUGGCUCAAUAAAAGAUGCAUGGCUAUCGGCUUUGGUUGGUGGUACAUUUCUUUAUAUUUCACUUGUCGAUAUGGUACCUGAAUUAGAUUCCUGUCCACAUCUUCCAUCGAAAAGUCGAGCUGUAAAAUUAACUGUUCAAAUGAUUGGCAUAGCUAUUGGUAUAGCAAUCAUGUUGCUCAUAUCAUUGUAUGAAAAUGAAUUUCAUUUAAUUUUAGCCAAUAAUGAUGAACACCAUCAUCAUCAUGUUCAUCAUCCUCAUAAUCAACCAUUCAAUGUACAUCAAUCAUCAUCGAUUGAUCUUGUUCAUGAACAUGACCAUCAUUUACAUCAUCAUCAACCAACCAAUUAAUUGAUCAAUAAUACUUUGAUAUGUUUCAAUGUCAUACCACCUAUAUAUUACUAAUAGAAGCACAGUAUACAGGAGCACACAAAUCACACACUAUCAAAACAAAAUGCGAUGUGGUUAACAAUCAAUCUGCAAUCUGUGAUAUUCAAGAGUUUGAUGUUUGUUUUUAUUUUUUGGGUUCUAUUUUUCUUGAUCUUCACACAAACACACAAAAACAAAAAAAUGGAAUGCAGUUUUUGAUUUAGCCAACCAACAAAUCCCCCUCUAUCUCAAUUGAAAAAAUUAUUCAACCAAAAUUAUUAUUAUUAUUUUUUUGCUACUUCAUUCAUAGAGAAUAUA